CAGUACCUGUAUCAGCUGUCACUACUGUACAGGUGAAGUUUAAUCAGGCUGCUGAUCUGCCCUGUGAACGGAAAUGUUCUCGUGAGGCCAAAUGGACUCUGUUCAGUAACCGAUAUGAUGCAGUGGCUCGGUGUGAUCAGACAUCCUGCAGGUCACUAAACGAGGGAUUUAAAAUGUCCCAUGAUCAGUACCUGAAGGGAGAUCUCACCCUCACCAUCACUGCAGCUGAUUACAGUAUGAGGGGUUUAUACACGUGUGAGUGUGAUGGUGAAGACAUUAAUGACCUGCGUCUCAGCAUCGAGACCAUGACAUCAUCAGUUCAGAUGAACGCUGGUGAAGAUCUGCAGCUGGAUUUGCACAUAUCAGAGCGAGUGGAGGUGAUCUAUAAGGGUGGAGAUUCAGCAGAUCCACAUGGUGAACAGAUCUGCAUUGUGGAUAGAAGCUCACUAAACUGUACAGCUGAAUACACACCGAGAACAUCACUCACUAACACAGUUCUUACACUGAGAGGAGUAAAGCUCACUGAUGGGGGAGUUUACAUCGUCCGCGACACAGAGAAUAAUGAAGACCUUCAUAUUUACGCAGUAUCAGUGAGAGUGCUGUCACGUCACUUGACAACAGAACGAACGACGGGAGUAACGGUACCGACACGCAGCACGCAGGAGGAGCUUCAGCACACAGGAGGAGCUUCAGCACACAGGAGGAGCUUCAGCACACAGGAGGAGCUUCGGCACGCAGGAGGAGCUUCGGCACGCAGGAGGAGCUUCAGCAUGCAGGAGGAGCUUCAGCAUGCAGGUGAAGCUUCAGCAGCACGGAGCGGAGUGGAUCAGACCGCGUGUUUAACCUUCACACGCGCUUUCAGGAAGGAAGGAGGGAGGAAACUCAGCAUUUGGUGACUGCCUGAAAUCUGGAAACCAUGGACGUCACUGACUGCAAAGGAUUCGCAUCUAAGUAUUAAAAAUAAUCCUAACAUUUAUGAUUAUUUUAGUUUGUCCAGUUACUUUUGAGCCUGUGAAAAUGGAGGGACUCCAUUAAAAAAUGGCUGUAAUUCCUAAAUGGUUAAUGCAGUAUUUUUGUUAAACCCCAAGCUGAAAGUCUACACUUCAAUCACAUCUUGAUUGCUUCAUUUCAAAUCCCUUGUGGCGGUGUACAGAAGCAAAAUUAUGAAAAUUGUGUCACUGUCCAAAUACUUAUGGAUCUGACUGUAUAUGAAACUAGACCUAGAUCUAUAAAAAUAAUUUCAGAACUCUAAAAUAAUCUCGAGCCAAACACAGUGCACAGAAAUGCCUCAAGCAAUAGAUGUUGCAGCCAGGGACCCUUUAAAUAUAAAAUGAAUGCAAAGCAGCUCCUCAUCACAGAUAUUGUUUAUGAACAUUGUACUUUUUAAACACCCACCCAGGCCACCCCAUACACCCACAACCAAUUCUGAGACCGCUGACCACGCACUGUAAAGUCCACUUACUGACCAAUUUAUUAGGAACACCUGUACACCUGCUCAUUAUUUCAGGUGACAGGAACGCUCAAACAACCACUCAAAUAAUUCACUCAAAUAACUCAAAUAACCACUGUUUACAACCACGGUGAGCAGAAAAGCAUCUCAGAACACAGUUUUAGAAUGGGGUUGGUGAGUUUUAGAAUUUGGUUGGUCAGUGUAUCUCAGAAGAAAAGCAUGAGUAUCUGUUCUAUACCUAUAAAUUAAUCUUAGCUCCCCUUUUCUAUCUAAACCAUAACAUCAGUCCUGCAGUUUACAGAAGACACAACAACAUGCAAAUAACAUCAUGAGCUACAACACGAAAUCAAAGUGUGGCAUUACUUUAGUGCAGGAUUACUCUCUAAAUGUUGAAAUACUGACCUUCCCCUUUGUGACAAAAGCUUAACGUGUGUGUGUGUGUGUGUGUGUGUGUGUCAUAUAGGGCUGUGCAGUAUGACAUAAUAAUGUGAUAAAUGAUGUCACAAUAUACUUUUCUAUGAUAUAUUGCGGAUAUCAUCAGUAUUUUUAUAACAAUUAAAAACUCAUGGAGAAUGGAAACAACAGUGGUAAAUUUGUACUGAAGCUUUAAAACUGUAAAAUGGUACAAAUUUUGUUUAUUUAUUUAUUUUUUUGUCUCCGUAUUUUCAGUGUCAUUAAUUUUGUAGGACACUGAAUAAAAGUAUGAUUAAACUCAGUUUCUCACAGUUUUUAAAAUUAAACACAGCUGUUUUACUGGAUGCCUAUAUUUCAUAAUGCACAUUGUUUAUCAUGUAUCACUGGACCAACAUUUCUAAAGGGUGGGAAUAUUUAUGCACCACAAGGGGAAAAAUGUGUUAGCUCGAUUUGUAAUUCAUGUAGUUUGUGUCUAGUUCAAUAAAAUAUUAACAGCUGAGAGGAAUAAGCGCUAAAACUGGCUGAGAAAAAACAACUUUAAAAACACCUGUAAAAGACUGAUGCA